AUGCCUCGGUUAGUUAAGAUUUGUGGACUUAGAACAGUUGAAGCUGCCACUACAGCUAUAGAUAAUGGCGCUGAUUUACUUGGUUGUAUUUUAGUUCCAGGUCGUAAACGUACAAUUGACUUUGAAAUUGCUAAACAAAUAUCUUCCCAAGUUAAGCAAGCAAGAUCUUCUAAAAAAUUUCCAACCAUAGAAGACAUUCAAACUUAUUUGACUAAUCAGUUUUAUUCAUCACCUCGUGCAUACUUUGAAUUGAUAAGUGAAGUCAUAAUUGAUAAUGGUCCAUUUUUAGUUGGUGUUUUCCAAAAUCAACCCAUCGAUGAAGUUGUUUCCAUUGCUACUGAAUUAGAAUUAGAUUUUAUUCAACUACAUGGAAACGAAGACAAGAUGGCAUUUUUUAAGGAUGAAAGAAUUGCUGGUAAAUUUGGGAUUAUUCCAAGAUACGUUAUUCCUACCCAGUUUCCAGAUUUAGCCGAACAAGGUGAAUAUUUAACUAAAGAAAAACUCUUUGCAAUUCCUUUGUUGGACUCAGAAGCUGGUGGAGAAGGUAAAAUUAUUGAUUGGAGCUUUAUUAAUGAUAAUCUUAGCUUUACAAACGUUUUACUUGCUGGUGGAUUAACCCCAGAAAAUUUAUUAUCUACACAAGAUGUUAAAAAUGUAGUUGGUUAUGACGUCAGUGGUGGUGUUGAAGAUGCCGAAGGAAAUAAGGAUUUAACAAAAAUCAAAACCUUUAUAACCAUUGGAAAAGAUAUUAACUAA